AUGUCUAGAAAACUAAGAUCUCUAUGCUUUCUGUACCUCUGGUUUAGCACUGUUCUUUUCCAAUCCGAAGCUCGGCAUUUGAAUGGCUUGAGGGUGGCUAGUUCUUCCAAGCAAUCUGGGCCAAGCCUAGGCGGUCCAGGCCACAGAUCAGGAAAUGCUCAGCUUCUUGGACCGCCUACAAACUCCGGUCCGAGUCCUGGUAUAGGACACAAAUACUAUGCAGAAAUUCUGAUCCUUGUAAAAUUGGAUGCUGGUUUUUUUCACUUCGUGGCAGAAGUGAACGGCUAUUACUUCAGCGCUUUUGUGGAGAAAAUUCCCGACGGGAUGUCACCAGAACAAGCAGCACUACUAUUAAGCGCUGGAUUAAACAAGAGUGAGCUAAGAGGAGGGAUUUUAGGACUUGGAGGAGUAGGACACAUGGGAGUGAAGAUAGCAAAAGCAAUGGGACACCAUGUAACUGUGAUUAGUUCUUCUGAUAAGAAGAGGGAGGAGGCUUUGGAACAUCUUGGUGCUGAUGAAUACUUGGUCAGCUCGGAUGGGGAAGGCAUGCAAAAGGCAGCUGAUUCACUCGACUAUAUCAUCGAUACCGUGCCUGUGGUUCAUCCUCUUGAGCCUUACCUUUCUUUAUUGAAACUUGAUGGCAAGUUGAUCUUGAUGGGUGUUAUUAAUGCCCCAUUGCAGUUUGUUACACCUACGGUUAUGCUUGGGAGAAAGUCAAUCACUGGGAGCUUCAUAGGGAGCUUGAAGGAAACAGGGGAGAUGCUUGAGUUCUGCCAGGAAAAGGGAUUGACCUCCAUGAUUGAAGUGAUCACAAUGAAUUAUAUCAACAUGGCAUUCGAGAGGCUCGAGAAAAAUGAUGUGAGAUACAGAUUUGCUGUCGAUGUUGCGGGCAGCAAGCUUAGUCCUUGA